AUGCGCAGCGGCGGGAGGCAGGAGAACCCGGGCGGCGGCGAGGGGCCUGCGGAGGGAGGAGACUACCUGGUGGGACAGGUGGCCGACAGCCUGGGCCGCGGCGGAGGCGGCGGCGGCGGCACCGGGCGGCUGGCGGCCCUCUUCAGCCCCCGGGAGCCGCAGCGCCCCCCCGUGUACGUGCCGGUGCCCAAGGAAACCACCAAAAAAAGGCAACGGGAAGAAGAGGAGGAGGAGGAAGAAAGUCCGGCCCUCACUGGAAGCCCCCGUGUGCAAGAACCUGCCAAAAAAGCGAAAGUGAAGAAACUUUCCGGUGCCCAGAAGAGAUUGGCAGACAGAGAAAAUGCUCUAGCAAGCGCUGACUUAGAGGAAGAAACUCACCAGAAACCAGGGCAGAAAAGGAAAGCUUCUCAAUCUGGUGUUCUAGUGGCAGAUAAACAAGUCCUUGCUGAUGAGGAUCACACAGCUGUCAAUCAGAGGAAGAAAAUUCAAGUCAACCAGGAAGAAGAGAGGCGAAAGAAUGAGAGAACCGUGUUUGUGGGCAAUUUGCCUGUCACGUGCAAUAAGAAGAAGCUGAAGUCGUUCUUUAAGGAGUUCGGGCCGAUAGAAUCCGUGCGAUUUCGUUCCGUGAUUCCAGCAGAAGAAACGAUGUCCAAAAAGUUGGCUGCCAUAAAGCGUAAAAUUCAUCCUGAUCAGAAAAAUAUUAACGCGUACGUAGUAUUUAAGGACGAGAGUGCUGCCGCUAAAGCACUGAACAGAAAUGGGGCCCAAAUCGCCGAUGGAUUCCGUAUUCGAGUUGACCUAGCAUCGGAGACCUCAUCUAGGGACAGGCGCUCGGUGUUUGUGGGCAAUCUCCCGUACAGAAUCGAGGACUCCGCGGUGGAGGAGCACUUUGUGGACUGCGGGGACAUCGUGGCCGUGAGGAUCGUCAGAGACCCGCUCACCGGCGUCGGCCGCGGGUUCGGCUACGUGCUCUUCGAGAAUAAAGAUGCUGUUCACCUUGCUCUGAAACUAAAUAAUUCCGAACUGAUGGGAAGAAAACUCAGAGUCAUGCGCUCUGUUAAUAAAGACAAAUUAAAACAAAGCUCCAAUCCCAGUUUGAAGAAUGUCAGCAAACCUAAGAAGGGACUUAAUUUUGCUUCCAAAAAUGGAGGACAUUCUAAAAGUUUAUUUAUUGGAGAAAAGGCUGUUCUCACCAAGAAGAAAAAGAAAGGACAGAAGAAAAGUGGACAAACGAAGAAGCAGAAAAAUCAGAAAUAG